GGGAGCCACCCACAUCCAUUCAUAACAUAAACAAAUUAAAGCUUCCUAUGUUGGCAACUAUCGGUGCCAACUUACGCCCAUGGUUGACAACGAAAACGACGCCGUUUCAAAACUCGUCAUUCUCCUCAACGCUGUCCAUGAUUCCAGAGGUCAAACAGUUGAGGAGCUUUCUCUCUUGUUAAAUCAUUAGGAUCAAACACGGUUCAAACUUUAUCUCUCUCUCUUAAGUUUUCAGCUAAAUACUCUCCCAAAAAAGAGAAGUUCCGAGCCAAAAUUUAUACGGUUAGGGUUUCUAAAAUUCAUAGAUUCAUGCAUGCGACGUUCGUAUUAGGGUUUCUGUGAUUUGUUGAAAUCUUUGUUGAAUCGACAUGAGAGCUUUCGAAGGAAUUCCAGACAUUUUAGAAGUUCCGGUCUCCAAUUCGACCCUCAAAGAAGGUGGGCGUGGCCUGACACUGCACGGAUGGCUCUUCGAGUGCCAUGGGUUUUGGCACAACGUCGCUUUGAUUGUGCCUUCGGCUCUCUUCGUGCUCUACUUGGCCUAUCAGGCGAGAAGGAGCUUCAAGAAACUCUCGCAUGGCCGAUCGUAUAUUAUGAUCGCUUAUUACGGGUGUCUCUGGCUCGUUAGCUUGCUCAAUCUAGCUUGGUGUUGUUUUCAGGCAUGGGAGUGCUGUCCUGAGAGAGAAGUGGUAUGGAAUAUCUUAUCAUUGUUUACAGCAUCUGGAAUGCUGUUUCUGGAAGUAAGUUUGGUGGCCUUUUUACUUCAAGGCAAUUAUGCAAGUGGGUUGGAAGCACUAACACGGACUUUUGUUGUCUCGGGACUCAUUGUUGGUUUAGAUAUACUUCUCAAGGCAGUUUACCUAUUUGGAUUUGGGGUGCCAUUGUUCAUUGAUGACGAUGAAAGUCCGCAUAGAGUGAAAUGGGGCUUGUGGGUUGUACACAGGCUAGUGCUGACUGCAAUUUAUGGCUUUAUAUUAUUUAUGUACCACUCUAGAUGGAAAGAACGGUUACCAGCAAGACCAUCAUUCUACAACUAUAUCAUCAUCAUAUUCUCUUUGAAUGCAUUGGCUCUGUUUGCUUGUGGGCUUACUGUAAAUGAGGCUGGAUUUGGGCUCUGGUUGUACGACCUGACAAUCAUUUGCUACCAUGCCUUUUAUCUUCCUCUUCUUUAUGUUACAUUUCUAGCAGACUUUUUCCAGGAGGAAGAUUUGCACCUGGAGAAUGUUUACUAUUCUGAGAUGAAAGAUGCCGGUUUCUUUGAUGCUGAUUGGGAGUGAAUUCUUCCAAGUCAUUGGGCGAUCUGUGGUCAUUAUGCUGUAAAUAAACACAUAGAUGCUCCUGGAUUUGGUGGCUUAACCAAAAUACUGCAAAGGAGGGCUUGGUCAAUAUAGCAAUUAGCAUAAAUUUCCAGGCUCCCUAUUCUUAGAAUAGCUGCCUUGGCAAUUAAGAAACCAAUAUAAAAUGUACCCAUUGGAGUCUUUGGAUGCUUGAUAAUGUACCAAUUGAUUUCGCUCUCAUGUAGAAGAAGGUUGCAUUUAUUUUGAAUGCAGGUAGAACAUGUGAAUAAUGAUGCUUUAUGCUUUUAUUAAGCCUGAAAUGAAAAAUAUGGAAGGUGUGAAGUAGACUUUAA